AUGACUAGGAGGUCCAACAAGGACAACCUAGUUGAACAUCCAGAGAUAGACAAGCUUGAGAAGCAACUUAGGAAGCAAAAAGCCCAAGAGAUGGCCGACGAAGCAGCUCGCGCUCACGCCGCUGAAGUGGCGCGCGCUCAAGAAGAAGGACGAGAUCCACCUCCUCCUCCUCCUAAUCCACAAGACCCUGCUGGAGAUGUGAAUGCACAACCUCAAGCUGGAGCACCUACAAUCGGAGACUAUGACUCUGCCGAUGCUUUCUUCAUGGAUAGAAACCCUAUCCAUCCACCACUUCCUGCAAGGAAUGACUAUGAGAUCAAGCCUCAGAUCAUAGCAUUGGUUAGACAGAACCAAUUCAAUGGCCUUCCAGCUGAGCAUCCUCUUGAUCACAUAGAAAACUUUGAAGAAAUUUGCAGCACUACAAGAUCCAAUGGAGUCUCUGCUGACUACCUUAAGUGCAAGCUCUUUUCAUUCUCUCUUGGCGACAAAGCUUCAAGAUGGUUGAAGUCUCUGCCAGCUCACUCCAUUACCACUUGGGAUGAGUACAAGGCUGCUUUCAUCAACCACUUCUACACCAAGCAAAGAUCAAUUUCUGAGGAACAAGAUCUCCAACUUUCGCCAAGCCAACAAUGA